GCGGCUGCGGGUGUUCCCCUCGCUGGCGUCCGGGCUGCGGGUCGUCCGGCGAAGGACUCGGGCCGCUUUGCUCUGAGGACGCGACGCCUUAGCUUCUCGGACUUCCCUUUGCAGUGUGACAGUCCUAGCUGAGCAGUUACUUCCCCUGAGGGGCUGAUAAGCCUUUGACAAAGUGAGUGGCCAGAACUGGUGACACCCUGGUGCAGACGCCUUCCCCGAAGGAUCCCACACCGAAUGCAGAAAACAUCCUCUUUAGAGCCCAUGGGGCUGGGCCCAGACAACCCGGGAGGUGCCAGAGUGUGCCACUCAGAUCAGCGCCGUCAGGGUCCUGGCAUGGAAAGUCCCCAGAAGACAGAAGUGGUUCUCCUUGCCUGUGGCUCCUUUAACCCAGUCACCAACAUGCACCUCCGGCUGUUUGAGCUGGCCAAGGACCACAUGAAUGCAACAGGAAAAUACAGGGUUAUCAAAGGCAUCAUUUCUCCCGUUGGCGACGCCUACAAGAAAAAAGGUCUCAUCUCUGCCCAUCACCGAGUGAUCAUGGCACAACUUGCCACCCAGACUUCCAGCUGGGUGGAAGUGGACACCUGGGAGAGUCUGCAGAAGGAGUGGGUGGAGACUGCGAAGGUGCUAAGACACCACCAGGAGAAGCUGGAGGCGAGAGGCUGUGAGCAGCAGGACUCCCCUGUGCUGGAGAGGCCUGGCCGGAAGAGGAAGUGGGCUGAACAAAGAUCAGAAUUGAAUCAGAAGAAGACCCUAGAGCCACAAAGAAAAGACGUGCCCGAGGUCAAGCUGCUGUGCGGGGCAGACCUGCUGGAGUCCUUCGGUGUCCCCAACCUGUGGAAGCGCGAGGACAUCGCCAACAUCGUGGGGGACUACGGGCUCGUCUGCGUCACCCGGGCUGGAAACGAUGCUCAGAGAUUCAUCUACGAAUCGGAUGUGCUGUGGAGACACCAGGCCAACAUUCACCUGGUGAACGAAUGGAUCACCAACGACAUCUCGUCCACGAAGAUCCGGCGAGCCCUCCGAAGGAGCCAGAGCAUUCGCUACUUGGUACCAGACCUCGUCCAAGAAUACAUCGAGAAGCACAAUUUGUACAGCGCCGAGAGCGAGGAGAGGAACGUCGGGGUCAUCCUGGCGCCUCUGCAGAGAAACACGGCCGCCACUAACUCCAGAACUACCACAGCGUGAAGCCGCGCGCCUCCCCUGGGGGAAUCUGAAACUGUCUGGGUGUCAGCAGUUUAAUUGAUUUGAGCCAGAGAGAGCAGCUGGGGGAAGGAAUGGUGAUCCUCUUUCAUAAAUUGAAACUUGAAAGUUUGGUAAAAAUCAGUUGUUAAUUAAAAUCAGGUUUAUUUUUUUUCUUUUUACCAGAAGUUGCGAAGGUGAAUGUUUUUUGUUUUGAAUGUGCGAAUCCUUUUAUCUUUAAAACGAGAUUAGCAGCACUCUAACCAGAAGACUGUUUAAUCAAAUUAACUAUAAAUCAGAAGGCAAAAAGGACAUCUGGUUUUCUCAUACUAGAGAAGCAAAGUCUGAAAAGCCAGGUGCAUUUAAAGGCCUCAUGUUGGUUAUGAAGGAACGAACACUUAUGGAUGCCUAAUUCUGGGCCGAAGAAGUCACUCUUCAAAACAGCCAUCUUGCAAAAGGCAGCACGGAGCAGCCAUCUCCAGCUGUGCACAGGCAGGCUGGAAAUGUGCCUGGCAGAAACCUCGGGCCCACAGAAUGGCUGGUUGGGCUUCGCCAAGAUACACCUGCCUGGAGCUCCACCUUUGGAGGCAGGGAGUGGGGUCCAAGCCCUGGCGUGUUUGCAGAAGCGGGCAGGUUUCUCCGAUACCCCCCCGUGGGAGAGAGCCUGUGCGUCACGUGUCUUACACGUUCUCCUAGCACAGCCCUAACCCUGGCCACCCUUUCGGAGAUGACAUCACGCUAAUGCGGUGUCUUAUUCAAGAAUGUGGUUAAGUGUCAGUGCUCUAAGCUUUAUGGGUAGCUUAAUAAGCAAAAGACAAACGGAGACCUUAAACACAUGAGAAACGCCCCACUGUGUGGCCAGAGUUUCAGCUCAGGGUUGGGGCGCUGGUGAGGGGUGUGGAAGCCAUCAGCCCCACCUGCACUGAGGGUCUGAAGAGCCUGCUGUUUCCUUGCAGCCACAGUGAAUCUGCCUUUUGUGAAUCUGUACAUUUUUCUCUUCUUGUCCCUUUGUGUGGACUUUAUU